CACUUCAGCUAUUUGAGUUGAAGCAACGUAGUUCGCACACUGAGUUAACGUUAGCAAACUAGUUUCUGUUUCACAGGCCACGGCAUGAAUCGGUUUAAACCGUGGUGACAUUACUAUGGCAGGUCUCAGGUCUUGAGUCAGUUACUUUUCAAUCCAGUCGGUAAUGCCUGAAGUCUCUCUCACCCUCUCUGUUUUAAUUUGAAGGUGCUUUAUUGGAAUGAAAUGUACGGUGUUGCCAAAGCACAUGUUACAAAGAACAGCAAUAAUAACAAUACAUAUAUCCGCACGGGGGGGAUCAAGCAGGAGGGUGUACUGCAAAGGGAGUUUAACAUACUCAAAAUUUCUUCCCAUAUUUUGGCUUUACAAAACCAAACAACCGCGAUCGGCCUUAACCGGUACGACGGGCUGUGCGUGGUCAGGUUAAAUUGGCGGUGUAUGGCAAAAUGAGCCGAUAGCAGUGCAGCUUGGGCCGUAGGCUACUCAAGCGGCAUAUUUCUCACCUGAGAUGAAAAAAAACCCGAGUGCCCUGUUUCACAAAGCAGAAUUACUGAGUUGGAUAACUGCACCUGGAACUUUCAUCAGUCUUUAUUGGGAGGGUGCCAUGGACAAUGCAGAAUACAAUAGAAUACUGAGGUGAUACUGAAUUAAAGCCACGCCUGUGAUGCAUGAGUUUCUAAAGAAGCUGAGACAAAGAGUGCGGGUUGGAGUGGUAGGAGGAUCAGAUUAUGAUAAGAUCAAAGAGCAACUUGGGAAUGAUGUGGUGAAUGAAGUGGAUUAUGUGUUUGCUGAAAAUGGACUGGUUGCAUACAAAGAUGGAAAACUUGUUUCUGUGCAGAAUAUUCAGGCUCAUUUGGGUGAAGACCUGCUGCAGGACUUCAUUAAUUUCUCUCUGAAUUACAUGGCAAAGAUCAAGCUACCCAAGAAAAGGGGAACUUUUAUUGAGUUCCGUAAUGGAAUGCUGAACAUCUCUCCGGUGGGCAGGAGCUGCAGCCAAGAAGAACGAAUUGAGUUCUUUGAACUUGAUAAGAAGGAGCACAUCAGAGAUAAGUUUGUUGCUGUCUUACGGGAACAAUUUGCUGGAAAGGGCCUGACCUUUUCCAUAGGUGGACAGAUCAGUUUUGAUGUAUUUCCUGAUGGGUGGGAUAAACGUUACUGCCUGGGAAUUGUGGAAAAAGACUGCUAUGAGAAGAUCCAUUUCUUUGGCGACAAAACCAAACCAGGCGGUAAUGACUAUGAAAUAUACGCAGACCCCAGGACCAUCGGCCAUGAAGUGUCCUGUCCAGAGGACACAUUGCGCAUCUGCGAGGAGCUCUUCCCAAAUCCAGGAAAAUGACUGCAGGGCAAAUGAAGGGAGUGGACCUCUGUAGCACAAGAACGUCUCCAUUCAGACAUUUAAUUUGGGACAAAAACAUAUGAUACUGGAAUGACUUACUAUCCACUCAACUUCAUAAAUAGAUGCUGCAGAAAAGUUUAUUUACUGUAAUAUUCUGGCCUUUGCCCUAAGAAUGGUUUUGGAAGUCAGUUUGUUCAGAGUAAUGAUAUUUGAAAAUGUAUUCAUGCAUUGUGUCUAUUUUUGCCUUAUGAAAGUCAGUAAGGUAAGCCUCGAGAAAGGGAAUGUUGUUUACAGUGGUACUUCUUAAAGAGAACCAUUACUGCCGCUGAGAUGAAAAUAUAAAUGUGGAGUAGUGCCAAUUAUGUGCAUUAGUAAUGUUUUCUGUGAAUGGCAGCAGCUACAUAUACCUCCUGAGCCUUGGGUUAGAAGGCACUGAAGGUAGGGUCCUGAACUGUGGAGCUUAAACGUGUUAGCCAUCUGAAAAUGCACUUUUGCACUUUUACUUGCAGUGGACACAUUUUUGUCAGUGUGAUCAUUUUGCUUCAUGUUGGAUAAAGUUACCAAGUCACCGUUAAGUUGAUAGCCUACAGCAGCAGAAGCUUUAAUAAGUCAAAAAAAUAAGUCUAAUAAAUACACUCAGUGAGUACUUUAUUAAGUAAAUAGUCAUGAUCAAUGUUGGCUACAUUAUAUUUUAAGUUGUCCACAUGGAAAAGGCUGUUGUUGUUAUUCCAUAUGAUAAAUGUGCAACUUUCAAGCAAAGGCUGCUGUGAUUACACUAGGUAAAAGCACUUCAGACUCAAACCAGAACUUGUGUAACACACAGUCCAGGAUGCACACGUGGGGAAAAAAUAGUUAACUUCUGCACAAGUUCUUGUGGCGUAUCUCAAGCCAGGAUGGGGCUCUAAAUGAAUAACUCUAGGGAAUGAUAUAUGAACCAUUAAUACAUAAACUAGCAGAUUCAAUUAAGCAUAAGGAGAAUCUUAACUUACUGAUGCAUUCGAAGAAAUAUAGUUUACAUAGUUACAAUGUUAUAGUUAUAGAAACUGUAUAGUAUGAUAAUAAAUAUAUUCUUUCCCAAUUA